AGUACUAAUUGAUAAUACAAAAAAUUAAUCAAGAUUUAGUCAAUACAUAUUUACAUUAUGACUAUCAUAUAUAAAACAGUGUUAUAUAUAUUUUAAUAUAAAAAGCAAUAAAAAAAAAACAGAUUGAUAAUAGUGAUAGUGGCUCCAUCAUCCCCAGGUUAAUUUUUUUUACUCCGGUGCAUCCAAUUGAUGCAGCUGAUAUGUCAUUUUCUAUCAAUGAUAAUUAAGUGAGAUAAAAAUAAUUUACUAUUGCGCGCAUGUGUAUUAUUUUGUUGUUGUUGUUUUUAUUAUUAUUGUAAUAUAUAUCAACAACACACACACCCACACAUAUCAUAAUCAUAAAAAUAAUAAAUUCAAUUUAAAGAUGGCUGCAUCACCACCACCACUGGAUUUCUGUGUCACGUAAAAGAACAUAUUUUUUUUUCUCCUAAAAAAUUCAUCUGGACCUUGAGAGUAUUUAUUAAUAAUAGUGUCUUAUAAUAUUAUAAAUAUAUUAUUAAAUAAUAAAUUAUCUCUAGUUGAUGUGAUAAAUUAACAAUAAUUAUUUAUUAUGAACUAAAUUUUUUUUGACAAGUUGUCAAGUAUGAAUUGUCAUCAAAUAUUGAGUGGUGCCUGCAAUGCAGGAGAUCGCUGUUAUGCUGUAGGUUCUGUCGAGGGUAUAUCAUUUACAGCAUAUGCAGCUGGUUGUAAUAUUGUUAUUCUUGCAAGUAAUUUUGAAAGAGUACAAAUAAUUCCUGGUGCUGUUCAUAAUUACAUCAGAAUAAGUUGUUUAGAUUGCAGUACAGAUACUGGAAAAAUAGCUGCUGCAUAUGAAAAUCAAAUUUGUAUAUUUGAACCAACACCACUCAUACAUACCACUUGUUCUCAUCAAUUGGAGUACAGAUGGGUUCAAACAGGAAGUCUUCAAACAGAAUUUCACAUCACAUCAUUGUCAUGGAAUCUCGAAGGUACUCGUCUACUAACUGGUGGCGAACUUUUACAACUUUGGCAUCAAAAUAUACAACCAUUUCAUGAUGAUCAUCCAACUGUUGUUACAUUUUCAAUUGGUGGUGAGGCUGAAAGUCCUCUUCCAAAUGACACAAAUCCAAUGAAUGAACCUGGUGGAUGGAAUUGUGUAUGGAAAUGUCGAACUGCAACACCAGUUCAUCUCAUGAGUUUUAGUCCAGAUGGUACAUUAUUUGCAACAACUGGACUCAAUGAUAGACUAGUCAAAAUAUGGUUUGAAAAUAAAAAUCUUUUUCCAUUGAGAGGUGUAGAUCAUCAUGGUUGUUUUGGUACAUCAAUACCAAAUGACAGUUAUAGUUUUGUUUACAUAGCACAUCCACGUGCUGUGACACAUUUAUCAUGGAGAAAAACAAGCAAAUACAUGCCAAAGGGAUCAGUAUCAAAUAUGCUGGUGACAUCGUGUCGUGAUAAUAUAUGUCGUGUUUGGGCUGAAACAAUACCACCAGAAAUUGAGGGACUUGCUAAUAUGAGUCAAUUUGAAGGAUCAGAUAGACAUCAUCAUCAUGGUAAACGUCAUCAUUCAAUGCACAAACAUAGAUUUAUGCAACGAUUAAAACACAUGAAAACUUGUUUUCAUAUAAGACGUCAUGCUAAACAACAACAUCAAGCUGGUCAUUCAGCACCAACAUUACCAACAUUACCAUCAACAUAUUCUGUUCAUGAUUUUCAUAAUAAUUAUCAAAGUACAGGAGGUCAUUUUCCAGGCAUGCACUUUCAUUUAGCAGCUAGUAUUAAUGCUGAAACUGAUAUACCAUUAGUACCAAGUCUCAUUACUGAUGAUCCUGAAAGAGAACCAAAUUUUAUAUUACAUUGGUUAAAUAAUAAAGAGAUGCAUUUUACAAUGCAAGCUGAAAAUAUACUACAAGAAUUGACAAGAAAAGUUGUUGAAAAAGAAGAAGGUCUUCAUAAUAAUAAUCAUCAUCAUGAGACUGAUCAUGUUGAGCAUGAUUCAGAGGAUGAACAUACACCAAAAAAAUCAUCAAGGCAUCAAAAUUCUGCAAAACGUACAACUAGUCAAGAUGAUCAUAGCAGUGAUGAACAUCAUACACCACAUACAGGCUCAUCACAUCACAGUUUACCAUACAGUGUUCAUUCACAUGCAAGUUUAAGCAAUACAACAUCAAUAAAUUCAAUAGCAACAGAUGCUGCAUCAUCAAUAAAUCAUGGUCCAGAUUCACUUGAUACAAAAAUAGAAACAUUAUUACGUGAUUGGCAUCAUAAUCCAGAUCUAUUAUUUUCAAUUCAUCCAAUUGAUGGAAGUUUUUUAAUUUGGCAUGUUGAAUGGCUUGAUGAAUAUCAUCCUGGUUCAUUUAGACAAGCACAAAUAUCAUUUUCAACACGUAUACCAAAUGCAUUUCCACUUGGUGAUGCAUCAACAAUGAGUCAUAAUGUAUCAAUGUAUUCACAUAAUACUGGUGGUCCAUUAUUAAGUAUACGUGAAGUUGCUAAAUCAUCAGCAAAAUCAAAUGAACAUAAUGAAAUAUUAACACCUCUACCAAGUGUUAUUGAACAAGAUGAAGAUCAAUCAACAUUAACAUCAAAAGCUGGACAAGAAUUUAUACAAAGUGUUAGAAAUUAUACUGAUCAAAAACAAAAUAAUGCAUCAAUGCAAAAUAAUACUAGUGGUGGUGGUGCUGGUAAUGCUGCAAAUAAUGCUGCUGAUAUAUCAAAAAAUAAUCAAGAUGUUGUUAAUGAUUUUUUAGCUCAUCCAAGUCCAAUUGUAUCAAUGGUAUCAAAACAUUCAAAUGGUACAUUAAAUUUAUGGCAAUUAACAUUUGCUGAUAAAACAAAAUUUUCACAAGUAUUAAGUAUUGGACAUGCUUGUCGUGCAUCUGGUCAUCGUUUUCGUGUUAAUGAUAUAACAUGUCAUCCAGUAUUACCAUUAUUAGUUACAACAUCACAUCAUAAUAUACCUGAAUUUAAUCCGAAUAAUUCAGAUGUUAGUAAUGAUAAUGAUAAUGUCAAUAAUAAUGAUAAUAAUAAUUGUCAAAAUAAUAAUAAUAAUAAUGAUAAUAAUAAUUUACGUAAUAAAGAAAUUAUGUCAGCAACUGGUUUUUGUAGUGAAUUAAUACUUUGGCGUGUUGAUGCUGUUGGUCCAUUAUCAAAAAGUGGUGGUGUUUCUGAAUUGGCACGUAUUAAUUCACCUGAAAUAUCAGCAUUUAGUAAUGUUGCAUGGAUACCAACAUUAUUACCAAGUACAACACUUGGUAAUUUAUCAAAUUCUCCAAGUGCCUGUUUUGUUGCUAGUGAUGGACAAUGUUUAAGAGUUUAUCAAGCAGUUAUUGAUGCAAGAACGCUACUUGCUGAAGUAUCAAUUAGUGAAAGAAGAAGUAGAAUGAUGGAUUCAAUGGCAAGUAUAUCAACAGAUAUAUCAUCAGAUGAUGGUAUUAGACAUUCAAUACAUGAUCGUAUUAAAAUUGUAUCACAACAAUCAACAGCACGUCCUGGUUGUGUUAUACAACUUGAUGCAAUAUCUGAUGCAACUCAUGAUUGGCAAAAUACACAAUUUCUUCAUGUAUUUCAAGAACAAUUAAUAACUGGUGAAAGAAAUGAUGAAAAAUUACCUGGUAUUGAUACAACAGCAAAUGAUCUUGGUCUUAUGGAAUCAACAUUAGAUGCAAUGGUUGAUUUACAACAAUCAUCAAUAUUUGAAGAACCAUUUUAUAUUGUUGUACUUGAAAGAACUCAAAAAGGUACAACAGUACAUAUGUGGCGUUUAGUUAUAGCAUCACAACCAGAAACAAAUGGUUUAACUGGAUCAAUGAUGUAUGUACCUGAUUCACAUUUAGUACAAGAUGAUGAUGAUGAUGGUACACCUGGACGUAGUGGUUUUGAAGGUCGUCGUUCACGUAGACAAAGUCAAAGUGGUAUUGGUAUUAAUACAAGCACAAAUACAAAUACAAAUACAAAUACUACAAAUUCAAAUACAAAUGCUAAUGCUAAUACUGGUAGAAGUCGUCGUUCAAGUCAAGCUGAUUUUGAUCAAUCAUAUUUACAUAGACGACAUCAUAAUAGUCAUGUAUUAAUAACAACAACAAAAGUAUGUACACAAGAAUUACCAUUACCAGAUGGUGUUGAAGUUGUACAUGCUGCACCAGCUGCUGGACAUUUAAGUAGUUCAUCAAUAUAUCCAGCAUGUUUUGCACCUUAUAUUGUUGUUACAGCAUGUAGUGAUAGUACUGUACGUUUUUGGAAAUGUAAUGUUACUAAAAAUAAUAAAAAUAAUAGCGAAAAAGUAGAAGAAGAAAAAGAAAAAGAUGAUGUAUUAUCAUAUGAAUGGAAAGAAUGGGAAAUGAUACGUAAAGAUCAAGAAUCAACAAUUGAUAUAUCUGGACAACCAUUAAAUAUAAGUGCUGCAUAUUCUGGACGUAUUGCAUGUGCAUAUAAAUAUGGUAAAUCAUUUACAAGACCAACAAAAAGUGAUCCAGAUUCACGUUAUGUUAAUUUAUGUGUUGCAAUAUAUGAAUGUGAAAGUACUGGUGGUAGUGAAUGGAUACUUGAAGAUACAAUACAUUUAAAAAAUAUACAUUUACCUAGAAUACAAGUUGAUCAACAUUUAGAUUUGAGUUAUUUAUAUGACAGUAGAUAUUUACAAAAAAAACAAAGAUUAACACAAGUAUUACAAACAUUGAGUCAUGAAGAUAUUAGAUCACCACGUAAUGGUGGUAAUGGUGGUAGUCUUGGUGUUAAUGGUGGUAAUGGUAUUAAUGAUACAAAUGAAAAUUCAAAAACAAAUGCUGGAUUACUUGCUGUACCGUCAUUCAGUACAUUACAAUCAUUACGUAAAUCAAUAAUUGAAAAUGGUAAUACAUGUCCAUUAACACAAAAACAUUUGGUACAACUUGAUUGGGUAUCAAAAGAAGAUGGUUCACAUAUAUUAACUGUUGGUGUUGGUUCAAAAAUUAUGUUAUUUACACCAGUAUGUUCUGAUCUUGCACAAGCAAACAUGAAAGCAAUGAAAGAAUCACAAACAAAUAAUCGUCCAAUAUUACGUAAAACAUCAUCAUUAGCACAACCACAAUUUGUUGAUGAAAUACGUUGGAUGAAAUUACGUAAAAUUAAUUUAACAACUGCUGAUGGUUUACCACCAUUACCAAUGCAAAUAUCAUGGGUACGUGAUGGUAUACUUGUUGUUGGUAUGGAUUCAGAAAUGCAUGUUUAUUCACAAUGGAAACCAAAUCCAAAAAAUGAUUGUACAUCAUCAUCAAGUUUACAACAUCAAGAAUCAGAUGAAUUUCAAGCAAGUAGAAAUUUACGUGAUGAAGAUUUACGUACAUUGGCACAUGAAACAUCACAACGUAGACUUGCAAAUGUAUCAUCAAUGCCACAUUUAUCACGUGUUAGUAGUAUCAAUUUAACAAUGUUAGAUGCUAAAAAAAAACGUUGUAUGCAAAAUAAUGAUAUUGUUAAUUUUGAUUAUAUGCCUGAUUAUGGUUUAUUUGAAGCAUCAAGAAUAGCAUGUCCUGUAUUACCACAAUAUCAUCCAAAACAAUUAAUGGAACUCCUAAAUUCUGGUAAAAUAAGAUGGGUCAAAGCAAUAUUAUCACAUUUAGUUAGAUGUAUAACAUCAUCAUGUUCAAUAAGAGCUGAUGAUGAAAGUUUAAUGAAACAACGUGGUACAUGGACAAGAUCAAGAACAAUGUCUGUAACAUAUGCUGGUACAACAUCACCACUUGAAUCACGUGGUUCAACAACACAAAUACCAGAAGAAUUAACACUUGAUUAUGCUGAAAUAACAUCAAUACCACCAUUACCAUUAUGGACAUUAUUAAUUGCUGAUAAAGAAACAAAUACAACACAAUUACAAAAUGAUGAUAAUAAACAAGAUUAUAAUGUUUUAUUUGAUGGUAAUGUUGAUGAGGGUGAAUCACUUGAUGAUAUGCUUGAUGAAAAUUAUGAUUGUAAAAGACAAAAAGAUCGUAGAUCAUCAGUACCAGAACGUCAAGGUAUAUCACAUUUUGGACCAAGACAAGGAAGAUUAUUAUCACGUUUAUUAACACAUACACAUUUACCUGGUUUAUCAAGUUUAGAUCAAAUGCAUUUACUUGCACUUGCUGAUACUGUAUCAACUUGUAAUGUUGAUUUUGCUGAUAGAUUUGCAAUUGAUGCUGCUAAAACAGCAAUUGCUAAAGAAAAUUUAACUGGUCUACCAGAUGGUGAAACUGUAUCAACAGAUUCACUUGAUGAUUGUGGUUUGCGAUUUUUAUUAGCAAUGAAACAUUAUAAUUAUUUAAUUAAAUGUUUACCACUUGCACAACGUGCACAAUUUCAAAAACAAGGUGUAUCAACAAAUAAUCUUGUAUGGGCAUUUCAUUCAGAAUCUGAAGAAGAGCUACUUGGUCUUAUACCAUCAUAUGCUAAAGGACAACCAAAAUGGUCAAUUUUAAAAGAACUAGGUGUUGGCUGGUGGAUACGUAGUAAUAUUGUGUUGAAAAAAUCCAUUGAAAAAAUUGCAAAAGCAGCAUUUCAGUUGAAUCAAGAUCCACUUGAUGCUGCAAUAUAUUAUCUUGCAAUGAAAAAAAAAAAUUUAGUAUGGGGUUUAUUUAGAAAUAAAAGAGAUGAAAGAAUGACAGCAUUUUUUUCAAAUAAUUUUACUGAAGAUCGUUGGAGAAAAGCAGCAUUAAAAAAUGCAUAUGCAUUAUUGGGUAAACAAAGAUUUGAUCAUGCUGCUGCAUUUUUUUUACUAGCUGGUGCAUUGAGAGAUGCUAUUGAUGUUUGUUUAAAUAAAUUAAAUGACAUACAAUUGGCAAUGAUUAUUGCACGUUUAUAUGAAGAUGAUAUGACAUCAGCCAAUUUAAAAAGAUUAUUGUACGAAGAAAUUCUUGGUUGUGAUGAGAAUGGUAAUAAUCCAGAUAUAAAUAAAGCACAUCCAGAUCCAUUUUUACGUAGUAUGGCAUUAUGGUUGUUAAAAGAUUAUUCUGGUUCAUUAAAUACAUUAUUAUUAACAAAUGUUGGUACAUUACAUUCACAAUAUAAUGAUGAAUCAGAAAAACCAGAAGGUGCAACAGCAAAUCCAAAUGUAUUUAAUUUUUAUGUUUAUUUAAGAACACAUCCAUUAUUAAUAAGACAAUAUAUUGCAUCAACAGCACAAGAUAAAAAAAAAGGUAUGUCAUCUGUUGUAUUAUCUGGUUUUAGUUAUGGUACUGAAACAAAAGGACAACCAGAUAAACAAUUAUUACUUGAAGAUAGUAUAACACCACUUGAAAGACAACUUUAUUUUACAACUGCACAUGCACAUUUUAAAGCUGGUUGUCCAGCACUUGCACUUGAAGUACUAUCAAAGCUACCAAAUAAAGUUAUUGAUACAAGUAUUGAUGAUUCACCAAGUUUAUUAAAUAGUCCAAGUAAAACAAGACCUCUUGAUUCACAAAUUGAUACUGGUAUACUUGGUUGGGAUAGUGAACCAAAUGUCAAAGAAAUUAAUUCAUCAUCAUCAAUUGAUUGGGGUGAUAGCUCAACGCUAGAUUGGUCACAGCCAGUUACUAAAAAAAUUGAUGAUGAUGAUGAUAAAUUUCAAAUAAAAUGGGAUGAUGAUGAUGAUGAUAAUAAUGAUGAUGAAGAUGAUGAUAAACAUGAUAGUCCACCAAUGAGUAUGAAAUUAGAUAGUAGUAAUGCUGGUGAUACUAAAAAAGAUAAUAAUAAAAAUAUUAUUAAUGAAAAAGAAGAAGUAACAAAGCCAGUUGGUUCAUUGGAUAUAAUGGCACAACAAUUAAAAUUUGUUGCAUGUUUAAAAAUUUUAAUGGAAGAAUUAUCAACACUUGCAACUGGUUUUGAAGUUGAUGGUGGUCAAUUACGUUAUCAAUUAUAUGUAUGGCUUGAACGUGAAGUUGAUGCACUUCGUCAACUUUGUAGUUACAGUGUUAAUUCAGAUGGUGAUGUUAUAAAUGUUACUGAAUAUGAUAGUGCUAUUGCUGAUGAUGUUGCACCAUAUAAACCAGGUGAACAGCCAACAUUACAUGAAAUUUUAGUUGCUGAAAAAUUUGAUUUUGAAGCUAAAGUACAAAGAGCUGCAAGAAGAAAAAAAUGGCUCAAGGCAAAUGAAACAUUACUAAGAACAUUGUUAUCUUAUUGUUCAUUGCAUGGUGCAUCUGGUGGUGGUUUAGCAUCAGUUAGAAUGGAAUUAGUAUUAUUACUUCAAGAAUUACAACAAGAAAAAACUCAACAACAAUUAUUAAGUCCAUUACCAUUUCCAACAACAUUACCAUUAUUAAGUGCAAGUGUUGCAUGUAAUAAAACAGUUGUUGCUGAUCCAGUACGUCAUUUACAAUCACUUGCUCAUGAUAUGUUACAAACAUUAGUUGAAUUACGUAAUACACCAACACCAAAUCGUAAUACUCAUUAUUGUGAAGUAUUUAUAAUGCGUGAUUUAGCUGUUGCAUUAAGUGCUUGUAUUUAUCAAUCAUUAUGUGAUUCAGAUACAUUUGUUAUGAAACAUCAACAACCAGAUAAUUUUCCAGCAGCAGUUAGUGAAAUUGAAUCAUUUUCUGGUGGUCAUUUAGUUGCAUCAAAUCGUUAUGGACGUAGAUAUUCAAUGGAUGAAAGUAUAUCAAUAACAACAUUACCAUCAAAAUGGCCAGGUGUUACUAAUCUUCGUGCUUUACUUGCACGUGAAAAAGAUGAAGAUACACCAAAAUUAAAUAUUCUAUUAUGUGAAACAUUUGUUGCAACUUAUAUGAGUUUAUUUGUAUAUGCAUUAUCAAGUUGUGAUAGUCAUAUACUUUAUCGUUUAGUUGGACAAAAAUUUGAUAAUAAUACAUGGUCAUGUUUAUUUGGUGGUGGUGUUAAAAAAUUGGUUAAAAUAGCAUCAAGUUCUAGUGGUGGUAUAACAACAACAACACCAACAACAACAACAAGAUCAAGUGGACCAAAUAUUAGUGUUGAAAGAACUGAUAGUAUAUCUGGUGAUAUACAAGCUGCUGCUGGUGGUGUAUGGAAUACAAUAACAAAACAACGUAAUAAAUUAAAUAUGAAAUUACUUGGACAAUUUAGUACACAACAACCAAGUAUUAAAGAAGAUAAACCAACAUAUCGUGAACAAUUUGUAUCACCACAAAUGAGUAUGGUAUCAUAUUUUUUAAUGAAACCAUUAAUACAAAGUGAAUAUGCUGAUGAAAUUGAUUAUGAUUCAUCUGAUUCAGCAAUAUCUGAUCUUGGUUCAUCAGAUGAAGAAGAAGAUAUAUUUGAUACAAAUAUUAAACCAAAAAAUAAACCAAAAGAUAAUAUUGAACAUUCAAAUCCAAAUGGUUAUAGUUGGUCAAUAAUGAGAUUAGCUAUUGUUAAAAUAUUACAAAAACAAUUACAAGAUUUUUUAACUGUUGCCGGUAUUGAAAUGCAAGAAUUACCAGUUAGUUCACCAUUGAUACAUGGUACACUUGGUAUUGCAGCACAAUGGCAAGAAACAUUAAAAGAUGAACUUGAAACAAAAGGACCACCACCAGUUAAUUAUAUACCUGGUUGUACACCAGAUCCAAUACCAACACCAGGUAAACCAGCAAUACAUAAAUAUCGUUCACUUCUUGAAAAAGGUAAUACACCAUUUAAUACAAGAUUAGCAUCAGCAGCACCAGCAAAUAGAUUAUGGGCAUAUCUUGUUAGACAAGAAUCUGUACAAGAUAUAUUUAUAAGAGCUGUAUUUGGUAAAAGAAGAUCAUUAUCAUCAAUAUUAGAUAAUCAAAUGGGUAUUGAUAGCACAACAAGAGGAGGAGGUGGUACUGGUGAAGAUAAAACAAGUGAAAAUGGUGCUACAACAAAUAUUCCUGAACCAGUUAGAAUUAUUCAUAAAGAACAAGAUAGUAUUAGUGCAUUUUGUUUAAAUCAAGUUAAUGCUGGAUUAAUGGCACUUGCAACACCACGUGAAGUACAAGAAAUGGAUAUAUCAUUACUUUUAGAGCUUCCAUCAUGGCUUGAAGAUGAAUGUGAAUUUGAUAUUAUUAAUCUUAAUAAAUCAAUUGAUCUUGAGCCAGUACCACCAAGUAGUUUUCUAGUCAUACAGACUGCAGCUGAUCGACCGUUACUUGCACAAAGUCCAACAUCAAAUAGUCCUCAACCACAAUCAGGAAUUGCCAGUCAGAGUGGACGUGGAGCAAGUGUGAUGAAGGGGAUGCCCGCUUUUCCUGGCUCCCACGACCUGCGCUUCUGUCAGUUUGUCGCUGAUAGGAGCAAACACUUGUUAAAGCCGAUAUUGAAGCAUAAAAUUGAUGGAAUAAGAAGAGUUUCAGCACAUCCACUUUUGCCUCUGUACUUAACUGGAUCACAAGAUGGUUCAGUAUCAUUGUGGGAAUGGGGUCAUCAAACAGCAGUUGCAACACCAAGACCAGCUGGUACAUUUGCAAAAGUAACUCGUGUACGUUUUGCUCAACAUGGUAAUAAAUUUGGUGUUGCUGAUUCUGAUGGUCAUCUAAGUCUAUUUCAAGUUGCAUGCAGAGAAGGAACUGCAAGACCAUUUUUUAAUUAUCAAUGUCACAGUAAAGUUACAUCUGAUUUUGUCUUCCUUGGUGCUUGUAGUCUUGUUGCAACAGCUGGUCAUGGAUCUGAAGGAAGAAAUGUUGCAUUAUGGGAUACAUUAUUACCACAAAAUAAAUCACUUGUACAAGGUUUUACAUGUCAUGAUCAAGGUGCAAGCUCUGUUAUACUUGCACCACAACAUCAAUUAUUAAUAAGUGGUGGUAAAAAAGGUGAUAUUAAUAUAUUUGAUGUUAGACAAAGACAACAAAGACACAGAUUUCAUGCUCAUGAUUCGGCAAUUAAAUGUUUGGCACUUGAUCCACAUGAAGAAUUUUUCGUCAGUGGUGCUGGUGAUGGAGACAUCAAGGUCUGGGCUUUGACAGUUCACACGUUGAUGUAUUUCUUCCCUGGUGAACAUCCAAGAUCAAGUUUUUUCAAAAAUAUUGGCCAAGGUGUUACACAAUUACAUGUUGAUUCAGCUGGACGACUAUUUUCAUGUGGUGCUGAUGGCUCAAUGAAAGUACGACAAUUGCCUGAACGUGACUGUGUUGUUCAAACAAUUUAAAAAUAAAUAAAUAAAAAUGUUAAAAAAUAAUUAAUUAAUUAAUAAUAGUAAGUAAAUAAAAAAAUAAAUCACAACCAAAGUUACAUUCAUAAAAUUUAAGACCAAUGAUCAAAGUAAUGGGAGGAGAAAAAAAAAAUAUUAAUAAUUGAAAAAAAAGGAAUAAAACAAUUUAAUUGAUUAUUAAAUUUUUAUAAUUAAAAAAAA